GCCCUCCGUGGAGGGAGGGGGAGACGUGGGGGUGCAGAGAGCUGGCAGAGCCCCUCUGCAGAAGGGCUUGCAGGUUGAGGACCCAACCAACCACAGAGCGACCCCUAUUCAAGUUCCAGACCAUCACCCCUAACUAGUGGUGUGCCUUAGGGCAAGUUGUUGCAACCUCCUGAGCCUCGGUUUCCAUUUCUAUGAAAUGGGGGCAAGAGGAGCUCGUGGCUCCCACAGGUGGUUCUCGGGAGCUGGAAUUUGCUUCCUAUACUCAUGGUGGCUCCGUCGGGUCAGUGUGUGUGUGUCUAGGGGGAUCUGGUCUCCCUGCCCAGAUGGCAGAGGCUGCCGCACUGGCCUUGGGACAGGAAGCACUGUGUGUUCCGGGAGGAAGGGAAGCCCUUCAUCCCCAGGGGCAGGGGGUUGAUGCUAGACACUUCCAAGUCUGGGGGCUCAUUCCACUCCCUCCAUAGCCUGCUUGCGGGGUGUCCCUGUCCCGCCUUCAGAGUGUGAGAUCGGAGGAUCAGAAGGGUUGAGUGUCUUGCCCGUUGUGUACUGUCAGAGCCCGCUCUGCCUGACCCUAGCCCCAGGAGCAGGGCCUGGAAGCAGUGGUGGUGGUUCCCCCCGGCUCCUUCUGGUUGCCCAGACCACACGCCCCCCCUGCUCAGGCCCCAGGUCCCAUGGCCCUCGGAAGCCAAGCUUGUCUCUUCCCCUGGCAUUUGAAGCCCCACAUCCCUGUAGGGUCUGUGUCCUCCCGUGAGCCCAGUACUCACCGUCCUCUGCAGUGGAUGACGGGGCUCUCAGACCAUAGGAUCUGUUGCCCACCCUCCCUCAGCAUGGGCUUCCAGCCAGAGUGCCCCUGUCUUCCCAAGCCCUGCAACCUUCCAGGCUCAUCUCGAGCACUCCCUCCUCCAGGAGGCCCACCUAAGCGCUACAGUCCUCACUCCUUUCACACCCCGAGGCACUUGCAUUUAAACGUUAUCUUCCACUGCUUGUGCAUGUCAGCCAGGCCCCAGACCUUGUCCAUCAUAUGAAUGAGCCUGGGAACAAGGCACGUGGAAGAGUUUCUCUUCUGGCAUACCAUAGGCAUGGGAGAGUCACUGGCCCUGUCUAAGCCUCAGAUUCCUCAUCUGUCAGCAAAGAACAGUAGUCCCAUCCCUCUGCUUCCUGAGACAGGUCCACGGCGGCUCUGGGCUGUGUGUAGGAAAAUGAUGGUUGUAGAGGGUGUGCUGAGCUGGGGCCACAGAGAGUAUGUGUGCAGGACGAGGCUGAUUUGCUGCUCUGGGGCAUCAGGUUGGCUGGGGUAGCUUUCUUGGUGGAGUCCACUGUAUUGAAGUCAGCGUGUACACCAGAAAGUACACCCAUCACAGGGUACAGCUCGCUGAGUUGCCAGAGUUGAACUUGCCCCCUUCCAGUCAGCUAGCUGCCUCCUCCGAGGGCUCCAUCCUGCACUGGGAAUCCCCCGAUUCUGAACCUGAUACAAGUGGGAUCACAUGGCGUGUGUGCUUCCUGCCUGGCAUCUUGGUUAGCAUGACGCCUAGAGACGCGUCAGUGUUGGUUCAUGGUGGUAGUUCAUUCACGUGUGCUGCUGUCGGUGUUCUGCGAGCAUACCCAGCUUAUCUGUCUCACUCCCGGUGAGCAUCUGGGCGGUCCCCAGUGUGCACUUUUCAGACCCGGCUACCGCGCGCUCUCCUGGGCCUGUCUCAGCAGCACCUGCCCUGUCAUCUCUCGGGUGUGCGGGAAGUGUGGUGGCCAGGCCAUGGAGCUGGCUUACAUUUGACCUCAGAGAUACUGCCUGGGCGAGUUUUUAUAGGUGACAGAACUAAGAGACCCGCAGAGGACUAGUGACUUCCCCCAAAUCCCAAGCACCUUUGUCUCACAGCUGUCGUCAGUGAACACCCACAGUGGUCCCUCCCAGACCAUGUAGCUAACAUCCCGCCGUGGGGCUGGUAGGGCAGGUGCUGCUCACCGGCGAUGAUCUGUGGCUCUGUCGGUUAUUCUGUGGGCUGCAAGGCCACAGUGGGCUCGGCGUUGGGGGUCCUCAGCCCUCCUCCCCUGCCCAGUGCCCCCAGACUGGAAAGGGCAGCCCUUGCCCCAGACCCCAGCUCAGAAGCCUCUGGCAUCUCUUCACAUUGCUAUGGGGAGGGAGCAGGAUCUCAGCUUCCCCUCAGUCCCCUCUUCUCCCCGCAGCUCUCAUGGUACCAAGUGACAGGUGGGCCUUCCUGUGACACGGGGACGCCAGAUCUUCUGAGAAGAUGUCGGCAAUUCAGGCCGCCUGGCCAUCCGGUACAGAAUGUAUUGCCAAGUACAACUUUCACGGCACUGCUGAGCAAGACCUUCCUUUCUGCAAAGGAGACGUGCUCACCAUUGUGGCUGUCACCAAGGACCCCAACUGGUACAAAGCCAAGAACAAGGUGGGCCGUGAGGGCAUCAUCCCAGCCAACUAUGUCCAGAAGCGGGAGGGUGUGAAGGCAGGCACCAAGCUCAGCCUCAUGCCCUGGUUCCACGGCAAGAUCACGCGGGAGCAGGCAGAGCGGCUCCUAUGCCCACCAGAGACGGGUCUGUUCCUGGUGCGGGAGAGCACCAACUACCCCGGGGACUACACGCUGUGCGUGAGCUGUGACGGCAAGGUGGAGCACUACCGCAUCAUGUACCACGCCAGCAAGCUCAGCAUCGAUGAAGAGGUCUACUUUGAGAACCUCAUGCAGCUGGUGGAGCACUACACCUCAGAUGCAGACGGACUCUGUACUCGCCUCAUCAAGCCAAAGGUCAUGGAGGGCACUGUGGCCGCCCAGGAUGAGUUCUUCCGCAGCGGCUGGGCGCUGAACAUGAAGGACCUGAAGCUGCUGCAGACCAUAGGGAAGGGGGAGUUUGGAGACGUGAUGCUGGGUGACUACCGAGGGAACAAAGUUGCUGUCAAGUGCAUUAAGAACGAUGCCACUGCACAGGCCUUCCUGGCUGAAGCCUCUGUCAUGACGCAACUCCGGCAUAGCAACCUGGUACAGCUUCUGGGCGUGAUCGUAGAGGAGAAGGGCGGGCUGUACAUCGUUACUGAGUACAUGGCCAAGGGGAGUCUAGUGGAUUACCUGCGGUCGCGGGGUCGCUCGGUGCUGGGCGGAGACUGUCUCCUCAAGUUCUCACUAGACGUCUGCGAGGCCAUGGAAUACCUGGAGGGCAACAACUUUGUGCACCGGGACCUGGCUGCCCGCAACGUGCUGGUGUCCGAGGACAACGUGGCCAAGGUCAGCGACUUCGGCCUCACCAAGGAGGCCUCGAGCACCCAGGACACGGGCAAGCUGCCGGUCAAGUGGACAGCCCCCGAGGCCCUAAGAGAGAAGAAAUUCUCCACCAAGUCUGAUGUGUGGAGUUUCGGGAUCCUUCUCUGGGAAAUCUACUCUUUUGGGCGAGUGCCUUAUCCAAGAAUUCCCCUGAAGGACGUCGUCCCGCGGGUGGAGAAGGGCUACAAGAUGGACGCCCCCGACGGCUGCCCGCCUGCCGUCUACGAAGUCAUGAAGAACUGCUGGCACCUGGACGCCGCCACGCGGCCCUCCUUCCUGCAGCUCCGCGAGCAGCUCGAGCACAUCAAGACCCACGAGCUGCACCUGUGACUGCCGGCCUCGCCCAGGCCGAGGGCCUGUGGGGACUGAACCCGGAGAGACUGCGGACCUCGGGCCCCGCUCGCUGGGCCCAAACCCGAACUGAGCCCAGCAGGAGGCCAGUGGGUCUCUUUCCUGUCCCAGCCCACACCCCCUCUGGCCCCCGGAGACCCCGCCUAGGCCUGGCACCUUCUUCCAUGGACCCACCUCUGGGGCUUUGGGAGCCCGGCCCACGGGCCCGGAUGGGAGGAGGCUGAAGAGCUGGGGGGUAGAUGCCCUGCCGUGGUCAGGCUCCCCCUGGCCUCCCAUCUCUCGCUUUCCUAGAGUUUUAUUCCUUUCCUUUUUUUGAGAUUUUUUUUUUUCCGUGUGUUUAUUUUUUAUUAUUUUUCAAGAUAAGGAGAAAGAAAGUACCCAGCAAAUGGGCAUUUUACAAGAAGUACGAAUCUUAUUUUCCUGUCCUGCCCACGAGGGUUGGGGAGACCAGGCCCCUCUCUAGGGACCCAUCGCCCCGGCCCUGUUCCCCACCCCGUGUCCCGUGUCCAUGUCGCCUCGGUCGCCCCGUGUCUGCGCUUGACCAUGUUGCACUGUUUGCAUGCGCCCGAGGCAGACGUCUGUCAGGGGCUUGGAGUCCGUGUGCCGCUGCCGCCCACCCACUUGCCUUGUGAGAUGGAAUCGUAAUAAACCACUCCAUGAGGACGCCGCU